GCCUCUGAAUCCUUAACGGGUCAAAAGAACAGACGACGAUCCGACGCCGGACCUCGUCCCCCUUCGUCCUCCUCCACUGCAAGUCUGCAACCACCAUCUGGCUUCCUAUUCCGCUCGACCGCCUUCCUCCCUCCUCCCGCUCGCGCGCGGAGCGAGCCGACACCAUAGGGAGAAGCAGGCGCCAACCGUUUCACCGAGGAUACCUCCCUGGAGGCCGGUGAUCUCCGGUUCCGGCGGCGGAGAUGGGAUCGUCGUCGCGGAUCUUCGAGUACUUCGUAGUGUGCGGGCUGGGCCCGGAGAUCCGGUCCCUGGAUGGCAUCAAGGGUUUCCAUGGUGUUGAGGAGAUGUACAUGUCGGCCUUCCUAGACCAGUUCCCGCCGUCCAACCACGCUCUGUACCCUCCGCCGCCGCCGCAGCUCCCCACCUGUGUUUUGCCAGCGGGAGUAAGAAUAUAUUCUUCAGGGCUGGACACAGAUGAUGUCUCAACUUAUCCACGUAGUUAUCCUAUAGUUUUAACAGAGGGAGAUGGCUCAAAAAUUUAUGUCAGUUGUAUUGCAUUUCGGGAUCCUAUUUGUGAAGAUAUAAUUGAAGCCUACCAAAUUCCAGCGAACUCCUUUGCUGAUAAAUGCAUCUGCCUUGUGUCCCAUUCUCCUAGUUUCCAAGUCCUUCGUGAUGCCCUUGAGGAAAUAUUUGUUCUUUGUUUUUCUCCUGCAGGGUGUAGCAAGCCUUUGUGGGACAUAAUAUCUCAUAUGGUGUCACAUGUGACAUUACCCACACCAGGAAAGAAUCGUGUCUUAUUUGCCAUUGAGAAUUGUCUUCUUUCUGCGGAAGCUCCUCCAAAAGAAUGGCUUCCCCACGCUGAUAUAUCGUUCCAGCCAUUGGUGCAGUGUCUGGAUGUUGAUAAACUAAUACUGCUCUUUACUGCUGUCCUGCUUGAAAGAAGGAUAUUGCUUCGAUCAAAUAAGUAUACUCUAUUGACUCUAGUUUCAGAAGCCAUUUGCCAUUUAAUAUACCCAAUUAGGUGGCAGCAUGUCUAUAUUCCAAUAAUAUUCUCUAGUGGGGUUGAUUACAUUGAUGCCCCGACACCCUACAUGAUGGGACUUCAUUCUGGUGUUGACACAUCUGCGGUGACAAUGGAUGGUGUAGUGGUGGUAGAUCUUGAAUACAACCGGAUAACAACGUCAGAAGAAAUUCCUCCAAUACCAGAAACUGAACAUAGCUUCCUUCGUGGUGAGAUAUUAAAAUUACUACAACCCAAUGUCAUGGGAAUUGAUUUCAUGAAAGUCAAUCUUGCCAAUAUGAGUGACCGUUCUUUAAGGGCUGGCACAAAAUCAUGGAGUCAGGAACAUGAUUUCCAACUUAGGCUGAUAUUUUUGAGAUUCUUUGCACAGAUCCUGAGUGGUUACCGUAACUUCAUUGAUACUACUUCAACGACUGGUUUCAAUUCUCAAGCUUUUCUGAAAAAGCGUUCUCGAGCAACUAAUCAGCCUGUCGAGUCCAUGUCAAUGAUUAUGCAGUUUUUGGAGACUCAGGGGUUCUUGGAUUAUCUGGAGAGAUGCAACAGUGCAGAAGAAAAUGCCCACAACCUUCUUGAUAAGUUGCAGGAUGCAACUGGAAGAGGACAAAACCCUCUAACCAUUUUUCCUUCUCAAGUUGCUGAUCCUGAGAUUAUAACAAUAGCUAAUCCUGAGAUUGAAGGUUCAGAACCAGGCAAUAGACACUGCUAUAAGAGGUUUCCAGCAAAUGCAAGAACAGAAGAACAAGAAGAAAAACGUAAGUCGAUUCUGGCGUUAGCUAGUGGGGCUAGUAAGCAAGUACCGAGUUCUCCUUCUGUCCGAGUACAUGGGGGUCCAAAGGCAGAAAGUCUGAGCCCAAGAGAGAGGGCGGCUGAGAGAGAAAGGAUGGUUCUGGACAUAAAAGUAAAGCUCCAGGGACUCUGGCUUCGCCUUCUGAGACUUGGGGCCACUGAGGAUCCUCUCUCAUCUUUUGAAUAUGGCACCAUCCUAGCUUUGAUUGAGUCUGAUGCAGAAGGCAUUGGGGGAAGUGGCUUUGUUGAAUGCAUCAGAGAGCAUAUUCAUUCGGGCUGGCAAUGUCGCUUGACUGAUGAACAGUUUAUUGCUGUAAAAGAACUGCUUAAGAUGGCUAUAACUCUUGCUAACUCCCGCAAUGACCUGGCGACCAUUAGAGAUGCUCUUGAGGUUUCUGCUGAAAUGUACAGAAAAGACCCAAACAAUGUUCAAGAUUACGUUCAGCGCCAUCUAUUAUCAUUGUCAGUAUGGGAGGAGCUUCGCUUCUGGGAUGGCUACUUCGAAUAUUUGAUGGAAAAUUGUUCCAAUAAGUCAGCAAAUUAUGUAACAUUAGUUACUGCACAGCUCAUUCUCAUGGCAACUCACAUGGCUGGAUUGGGAUUACCUGACAUUGACUCUUGGAAUAUGAUUGAGAAAAUAGCCGAGAGAAACAACUUGGGUUAUAAGCAGCUUAUCAAACUUAGAGCAUUGCUCACACAUCUGCAACAACUCCGGAUUGGCUAUUGGGGGGUUGCUACAGGGAAAAGCCAACCAUUGCAGUCAUAUGGCAUGGCUUCACCUCAUGCGAUUGAUGUGUCUGAUGAAAGCCAACAACCUGCUGAAGCAUCUGGGCUGGGCCGAAGUUGGGUGCAAAGUAUGUUCAGCAGAGACAGAAGUUUAAGAGCCACCUCUUUCAACCGAGCUAGUGAUGCAAAUGCUGUUGCUACCACGGGCAAAACUGACAUCUCAGCUGCACAAAAGAAAACUCAAACUAACAUGAGGACCCUUAGAGGACAUACAGGUGCUAUUACUGCUCUUCAUUGCGUAACAAGAAAGGAGGUCUGGGAUCUUGUUGGUGAUCGUGAAGAUGCUGGUUUUUUCAUCAGCGGAAGCACAGAUUGCACGGUAAAAAUUUGGGAUCCAAGUUUGCGUGGUUCUGAACUUCGAGCAACACUUAAAGGGCAUACUAGGGCUAUUCGAACAAUCAGUUCAGAUCGUGGCAAAAUAGUUUCUGGAGCUGAUGAUCAGUCUGUCAUAGUCUGGGAUAAGCAGACUUUUAAGCUUUUGGAAGAACUGAAGGGCCACGAGGCACCGGUUAGUUCUGUCCGGAUGCUCUCAGGAGAACGUGUCCUUACUGCAUCCCAUGAUGGUACUGUGAAGAUGUGGGAUGUCCGGACUGAUACUUGUGUUGCUACUGUGGGUCGUUGCCAAAGUGCUGUUCUCUGUAUGGAAUAUGAUGAUUCCACUGGAAUCUUGGCGGCUGCUGGAAGAGAUGUAACGGCGCAUGUCUGGGAUAUUCGUUCCAGUAAGCAGAUGUUCAAGCUUCAAGGGCAUACAAAGUGGAUAAGAUCAAUGAGGAUGACUGGAGAUACCAUAAUAACCGGUAGUGACGAUUGGACCGCUAGAGUGUGGUCCCUUAACCGGGGAACAUGUGAUGCAGUGUUAGCAUGCCAUGCUGGUCCCAUACUAUGUGUGGAAUACUCACCUUCAGACAAAGGAAUUAUCACUGGUUCAGCUGAUGGGCUCAUACGAUUUUGGGAAAAUGAAGGAGGAAUAAAAUGUGUCAAGAAUCUUACACUUCAUACAGCAACCGUUCUGUCCAUUAGUGCUGGUGAUCACUGGCUAGGGAUUGGUGCUGCUGACAAUUCUAUGUCUCUUUUCCAUCGGCCACAAGAAAGAUUCGGUGGCUUCUCAAAUGCAGGAUCAAAAGUUGCAGGAUGGCAGCUUUACAGAACUCCCCAGAAAACUGCUGCAGUGGUGAGAUGUAUAGCAUCUGACCUGGAUAGGAAAAGAAUAUGUAGUGGUGGUCGCAAUGGACUCCUGCGGCUUUGGGAUGCAACUACAAGCAUCUAGUCUAGAACUGAUAUAUGUUCAUGUAAAGAGGCAAUUGACCAUGGUGUUGCAUGCUAUUUUCCUUGCUCCUUUUCCUUUUAGCUAGGAAUUUCUAUGCUAUUUAGAUAAGAAAGGAGCCGGACUUUGUUCCAUUCUUUCUUUCUCAUCUAAAAAAAACCUGUCCAGUAGAGUAUAUGCUUGAUGUCUCGUGUAAAAUUUUGUUUGUAUUUUCGGGUUCAGUAGCCUUGCGUGGCUAUGAUUUUGUACGAACUAUGAGGAACAUGGGAAGUUUUGUACUGCUACUAAUGCAAAUGUUUGGUGUAAUAUAACAUUCUUUUCAUGUGCA